AUGAAGGUUUCAAGUGCUAUCGUUCUUGCGGGCGCUGCCCAAGCAUUUGCUGCUGUGCGACCCCGGCCUUUGGUGUCAUCUGGACCCAUCCAGGCUGAGAUCAAAACUGAGAAGUUGAUGAGCAACCUCAAGGCCUUUGACUCCAUCGCAAAAGCAAAUGGAGGCAACCGUGCUUUCGGUCUCCCAGGUUAUGCCGCAUCUGUUGACUACAUGCUCGCCAAAACCCAGAACACACAUUUCAAGACAUGGACCCAGGACUUUCCUGCUCUUUUCAACAGAGUUGAUUCUAUCGAGUUCAGCGUGAGCAACAGUUCCUACCGCGUUAUUGGACUUUCAUACUCGCCAUCCACCACUCCGGAAGGUUUGACGCUGCCGCUUGUUCUGGGUCCUUCUGGAGCUGAAGGUUGCACAAACGAAGCCUACGACAGUUUGGAUGUCGAAGGCAAGAUCGUCUUGGUACAGCGAGGAGCAUGCCCCGAUGGCACAACCCUUGCUGGGCGCAUGAAGCCUGCCGCUGCCGCCGGUGCUUCUGCCGUAAUCAUCUACGCAAGCGACACAGCAAAUGUUACUGGUGGUACAUUAUCCAACCCCAACCCUGAAUACGUCUCCACCGGCUAUAUCAACCUCGCCGAUGCAGAACCCCUGGUUGCUCGCCUUAAAGCUGGCGAGACCAUCGAGGCGUACUUCCAGCAAACCCAAACCGUAGAAACGCGCAUUACGCAGAAUGUCUUCACCGAGACCAAAGAUGGCGACCCAACCAACGUCAUCAUGCUUGGCGCACAUCUCGACAGUGUUCAGGCUGGUGCUGGUAUCAACGACGACGGCUCAGGCAGCACGCUGAUCCUCGAGAUCGCCAAGGCACUGAGGAGAUUCGGUGUCAAGAACAAAGUACGCUUCGCAUGGUGGGGCGCUGAAGAAAACGGUCUACUUGGAUCCAAGUACUACACACAGAACCUGAACGCCACAGAGGCCAACAACAUUCUCACAUACCUCAACUUUGACAUGGUCUCCCGCGGCUACUUUGGUGUGUUCGAUGGCGAUGGCAGCACGUUCAACCUCACUGGUGCCCCGGGAUCAGCUGCCAUUGAGAAGCUUUUUGUUGAGCAUUUCGAGAAGGAAGGUGUAAAUGUCACAGCAGCACGCUUCACUGGUGGAAGUGACUACCAAUCCUUUAUGAACAUUGGCAAACCUGUUGGUGGUCUUCACACCGGAACAGGUGUCGAGCAGGACCCUUGCUACCACCAGGCUUGCGACACCAUUGACAACCCCAACCCAGAGACGUUGACCAUCAACGCUAAGGCUGCUGCGCACGUACUCUCAAUCUUGGCUACCAGGGGUGAGGAAAUCAUCCCCAAGAGCCCAGUUAACGCAAGCAUGAUUACUGAGCGCGGUAUCAUCGGCGUUGAGCCCAGAUGGACGCUGCCUGCGGAAGGAGAGAUGCACCUAUCAACUUGCGGACACGAAGUCUAG